AAAAUGUCAACUAUUUUGUUGAUUGAAAUAUUUAUUUAGUUUAAAAAAUUAUUAAUAAAUCAAUAAAUUUAUCCACGAACUUUAAUUGAUAGUUCCUGCAAGGGCACGGCUACAGGAAGGGGCGUCGUCACGUAGCAGAGAAGACGACAUUGGAGAUGUCAGAAGCAGCGGAAAUUGGUGACGUGGCGGAGUAGAGGCCAAAUCAGCAACUGAUAGGGUCCGCGAUCCACGUUUCCUAUGCAUGCUCGAGAUCGCACCAAUUGUCCACGUGGGCCCCUAAUCCGCCACGGCUCACCUCCAAUCGCCUUCUUUAUAACAUUCAUCCCCUGCCCCACGUAAAGUCAAAAACGCAUCACCCCAAAAUUACCUGCAAGUUGACGGGCCCCACCGUCACCGAUGCAGGGGCAAUUUCCUGAAUCGGGAUAGGAAAAAAACAGAGCGACCAAACCAACCCCAAUAGGUGUAGCCACGCAUGGAACCCAAGCUCACACGUGUUCUGUCUUCACGGGCCGCCUCUUUCUCUCUCCUCCCCUCUCUGCAAGUAACGCAGCGCCUCGACCCCAUUGGCCCAUCCAGCGGAGUGUUUUAAGUCCUCUAAGAAACCCUAAUCUCUCUCUCUCUCUCUCUCUCCAAUGUGUAAUGGAGGGGGGAUGGUACCCUUGACAGCAAUUAAAGCCCACAUGUCCCCAUCUCAAACACAUACCCCACCGCAUGAUCCCAAGUGUCAUUUUAUCCAGCCUCCCUGAUUCAUGCUGCUGCCAUCUCACUGGUCAUCGUCCCCAGCUUAAACCCCAUCUCCCCCCCUCUUCCCAUCACCGCAUUGUCCUCUUCAAACUUCGAAUACCACCUUCCUCUUCCUCUUUUCCUCUUCCUCUUCCUCUUCCUCUCUUCCUCUCCCUGCGAAAACCCAAACCUAGCUAGGUUCUCUCUGUCUAACAUUUUUUUUGUUUUGAGAGAGAGGUAGAGAAACAAGAAGCAUCCAAGAUGAUCCAAUCUAUCAACCCUUACUAUCAAUCAAAAACUGCAGAAAUAUUGUCAAGGUACAGGCCAAUAGCUCCCAAGCCUGCAGCCACGGAGGGCCCAUUGACAUCUCCCAACAACCAAAGCAGCCUCUGGAACCAGCUGCAACUGCAUGACCGCCCAACCAGGACCAGAAAGAGAGGCAAAGCCCAUGUUUGCCCACCCCCACUCAAGAGACCCAGGACGCACCCCCUCUUGCCUCUCUCCUCCCCUCCCCCUCCCCAAAAUCUUCACUUCCAGGGUUUAAACUUUCUUCCCCAACUCAAUCUUCCUUCCCCGCCCAAGAAAGAAACGACACAGCUCAGCUUCCUAAAACCCACCGCUCAACGAAGGGUUAUAGAUUUGAACACGGUUGCAGAGAUCCCAGACGAGAAAGACUUCCUGCAGCAGCUGCAGGAACCCCAGAGCAGCAAUGUCAUUGCGCCACAGCCGGUUCGGCCAGUGGGCUCCAGCAUAAGCGUGGGGAGCAUCAGCGAGGACCCAAGCUACCCGGCAAGGGUUCUGAAGGUCUCGAAGAAGUCGGAGGAGGUGGAGAACGAGGUGGAGUCCGACGUGCUGCCGGCGGUUAUAUCGGACUCAAACCACAGAGUGAGGCUGGCAAAUUCGGCGUACAAGGAGAUGGUGGGGCAGCCGGAGUGUUCGUGGCUGGAUUCCAUGGUGGGUGGUGCGGCGGCAGCCUGCAAGAGUACGAGGAUAUGUGGGGAGGUGAUGCUCCAUCUUUCGGAUCAGAAGGCGGCGAUGAUGUCAAAUGGGUUUUCCUGCUGGGUGAGGAUAGAGUGGGGAAGGAAUGAUAGGCACAGGAACUCUAUCACUGCUUUCUGUAAUGCGGUGAGACUCAGCUGUGAGUCCAAGGACUAUGUCUUCGCCUGGAGGUUCCACACCCAUACCAAAGAGGCUUCUCAGUUCAAUUCCCAUGCCUGAAUAAGUUCAUAUAUAUAUAUAUAUAUAUAUAAUAUUGUAGAUACACGUAGUAUAAUAUUACAUUAGGGUGUGUACGUUUAAUGUUUAUAUAUAUUAUGCACCAUACCAACUGUAAGUCUGUAAAUGGAUAGUGGCAUGAAAACUCUUGAAUGUCAUGAGGGAUAACCCUUUUUUGGUUUUCUUGGGGGUUGAUUUGGUGAGAAAGAGUGUUUAGAAACCGUUUUGUGCCAUAAGUGUAGAAAAACGAUGUCAUGAAAUAAAAUUGAGAACAGUUCAUUACAA